GCGCACAUGCGCCCUGUCGCCCGGCGUCCUCCGCAGAUUCGCGCUGAGAGGCCGGCGGGGACCCACCGUAGAGGCUCCAAAAAACCCGCAGCAGCUCCGCCUGGGUCCAGGAACUCGUGCUCGGGGCCACCUGGCUGGGCUGUGAUCGCGUUUCGUUCGGGGCCGCGGCGGCCGCGGCGAAUCGGCGGCGGUGAAUAGUUGGCACGGGGGUCUGAGUGCGCUGCAGUCACCCGCGAUCCGGGUCCAGGUCGCCUUCCCGUGACGCCCAGGUCUGUCCUGCAGGAUGGAGCCAGCACCCUCAAGGGUCCGACUCGCCGUCCGGGAAGCCAUUCAUGCCCUCUCGUCUUCGGAGGAUGGCGACCACAUCUUCUGCAUCCUGGGGUCCCUGAAGCGGUAUCUGAGUGAGACGGAGCCUCCAGCUCUCCCCGGGGAGAAGGAGGAGUUUGCCUCCGCCCACUUCUCGCCAGUCCUCAGAUGUCUUGCCAGCAGGCUGAGCCUGGCCUGGCUGGAGUUGCUACCCGAUGGCCGCCUGGAGGAGCUGUGGGCCAGCUUCUUCCUGGAGGGCCCCGCGGACCAAGCCUUCCUGGUGCUGAUGGAAGCCAUCGAGGGGGCCGCAGGCCCCAGCUUCCGGCUGAUGAAGAUGGCACAGCUGCUGGCCAGGUUCCUGCGAGAGGGCCGGCUGGCAGUGCUGAUGGAAACGCAAUGUCGGCAGGAGACGCAGCCCGGCUUCCCCCUUCUCCGGGAGACGCUGCUGGGCAAGGUGGUGGCCCUGCCCGAUCACCUGGGCAACCGCCUGCAGCGCGAGAACUUGGCUGAGUUCUUACCCCAGAACUACUUCCGCCUGCUCGGCGAGGAGGUCGUCCGGGUGCUACAGGCCAUCGUAGACUCUCUCCAAGGUGGCCUGGAUUCCUCUGUGUCCUUUGUGUCCCAGGUCCUCGGGAAAGCUUGUAUCCACGGGAGGCAGCAGGAGAUCCUGGGCGUGCUGGUGCCCCGGCUGGCGGAGCUCACCCAGGGCAGCUGCCUGCACCAGCGCGUCUGCUGGCGCCUGAUGGAGCAAGUGCCGGACCGGGCCAUGGAGGCGGUGCUGACCGGGCUGGUGGAGGCCGCGCAGGGGCCUGAGGUCCUGUCGCGACUGCUGGGGAACCUGGUGGUGAAGAACAAGAAGGCCCAGUUUGUGAUGACCCGGAAGCUUCUGUUCUUACAGUCCCGGCUCACGACGCCCAUGCUGCAGAGCCUGCUGGGCUACCUGGCCACGGACAGCCAGCGGCGCCCUCUCCUGCUGCAGGUGCUGAAGGAGCUGCUGGAGACGUGGGGGAGCAGCAGCGCCGUCCGCCACACGCCUUUGCUGCAGCAGCGCCACGUCAGCAAGGCCAUCCUCAUCUGCCUGGUGCACCUCAGGGAGCCGGAGCUGCGGGACAGCCGGGAUGGUAAGCAGGUGGUUCGGGCUCCCCCACCGGCCCCGGGCACCCCCUGGGGCUCAGGGGCCUAUGCGGUGCUUGCAGAACUGCUGGCCAGCAUGAUGGCGGGUGUAAAGUGCCGCCUGGACAGCAGCCUGCCCUCCGUGCGACAUCUGGGCAUGAUCGUUGCCGAGGUCAUCAGUGCCCGGAUCCACCCCGAGGGGCCUCCGCUGAAAUUCCAGUACGAAGAUGAUGAACUGAGCCUCGAGCUGCUGGCCCUGGCUUCCCACCAGCCUGCGGGUGACGGUGCCUCAGAGGCAGGCACGUCCCUCGCUGCAGCCACAGCAGAGUCCCCUGUAGAGACCCCUGCAGAGACUGUGGAUGGUGGUGUCCCCCAGGCACGGCUGGCGGUCUCUGACUCGGAGCUGGACAGCGAUGAUGAGUUUGUCCCCUAUGACAUGUCAGGAGACAGAGAGCUGAAGAGCAGCAAGGCUCCUGCCUAUGUCCGUGACUGCGUGGAAGCCCUCACCACGUCUGAGGACAUAGAGCGCUGGGAGGCGGCCCUGCGGGCCCUUGAGGGCCUGGUCUAUAGGAAUUCCACGGCCACUCAGGAGGUGAGCAUGGAGCUGGCUAAGGUACUUCUGCAUCUGGAGGAGAAGACCUGCGUGGUGGGAUUUGAGCAGCUGCGCCAGAGAGCCCUGGUGGCUGUCACGGUCACAGACCCAGCCCGGGUGGCUGACUAUCUGACCUCGCAGUUCUAUGCCCUGAACUACAGCCUGCGGCAGCGCAUGGACAUCCUGGACGUGCUGACUCUCGCUGCACAGGAGCUGUCGGGGCCUAGGUGCCUCAGGAGGGCUCCCCAGCCUGGCUCCCCAAGUCCCGGUACCCAGUGCCUGCAGGUGGCAGCUGCCUCUCAGCCUGGCAGUGCUGUGGCAUCUGGCUGGCGGGUGGUGGUGGAGGAGCGGAUCAGAAGCAAAACCCGGCGGCUCUCCAAGCAGGGUGGCCUGAGGCAGGGCCCGGCAGGCAGCCCCAACAGGUUCAGCUCCGUGGCCGGCCACUUCUUCUUUCCCCUCCUUCAGCGCUUUGACAGGCCUCUGGUGACCUUCGACCUCUUGGGUGAUGACCAGCUGGUUCUCGGAAGGCUGACGCACACCUUAGGGGCCCUGAUGUGCCUGGCUGUUAACACCACGGUGGCUGUGGCCAUGGGCAAGGCCCUGCUGGAAUUCGUGUGGGCCCUUCGCUUCCACGUCGAUGCCUACGUGCGCCAGGGCCUGCUGUCAGCCGUCUCCUCUGUCCUGCUCAGCGUGCCUGCAGCGCGCCUACUGGAGGACCUCCCGGACGAGCUGCUGGAAGCCCGGUCCUGGCUGGCAGGACCCCGCUGUCCCCCCGAGCCCCUUCCCACCUCCCUGGCUCCUCCGGCCGUGCAGUCACCAGCACAGUUUGUUGGUUCCCUGCCUUUGUGGUCCAGUGAUUGGUAUGUGGGGCCCUCAGGGUGGCUUCGUGGAUGCCGCCUCUUCCACGUUCGUCAGGAGGGUCCCAGAUGUGGCCGAGAAGGAUCCAGACGAGGACUGCAGGACGCUGGCACUGAGGGCCCUGCUGCUUCUGCAGAGACUCAAGAACAGGCUUCUCCCGUCUGCGGCUCCCUAGGCCCACCCCUGCCAGCAGCAAGGAAGCUGGCAGCAGCCCGGAGCAGCGGAGCCAGGCUUUGUAGCGAGGCCAGGUCUGCGGCAGCAUCCGGUACGGACAGUGCAGAUGCAGGAAGGCCUGGCCUGCUGCUAUUUAUAGUGCAGCAAGUCUGCUAAAAAUACCACUGGGCCUGGGCACUGCCCAUCGGAGCAUGGCAGCCUGGAUGUGGCGCUGGGGCCGGGACUGCAGGCGCUACCAGCGGGGUUGACUCCAGUGAGGGCAGAACCAGGCUGGCAGGAGGGGAAGAUGGCACAGCUGCUGCUCAGAGUCCCUGAUGCGCUCCUUUGAGAGCCACCAAGCACGAUAGAGCCGUCCCAGGUCCCUGGGCUUAGUGCUGUAUCCCCAGGAGAACAGGAGGGAGCUCUGAGACCAGAGCAUAGUUGUUCUGCUCACAGCCCAAGCAGGCCUGUGAUCCUGGAUGGGCUCAUGGGGUGGGGUAAGGCAGGGCGCGGGCUCUGAGAAAAUAAACUACUUUAUUAGAAUUAAA